GGAGGCGUGGGUGUACGACCCCAGGGGUCCCUUCGCCCUGGGUUCUGGGCCGCGGGGCGGAGGCGAUCCGUUGGUGGGGUCGGGGUCUGGGGACGAGGUGGACGCGGGCCUGGCCUUCCCGGCAGCGCACCGACUGCCCCGCGUGACCCGUCGGCCCCAAGAUGUCGUACAUGCUCCCGCACCUACACAAUGGCUGGCAAGUGGAUCAGGCCAUCCUCUCGGAAGAAGACCGCGUGGUCGUCAUUCGGUUUGGACACGACUGGGACCCUACUUGUAUGAAGAUGGACGAGGUUCUGUACAGCAUAGCUGAAAAGGUUAAAAAUUUCGCAGUUAUUUAUCUUGUGGAUAUUACAGAAGUACCUGACUUCAACAAAAUGUAUGAAUUAUACGAUCCGUGCACUGUCAUGUUUUUCUUCAGGAACAAGCACAUCAUGAUCGACCUGGGCACCGGCAACAACAACAAGAUCAACUGGGCCAUGGAAGACAAGCAGGAGAUGAUCGACAUCAUCGAGACGGUGUACCGGGGGGCCCGGAAGGGUCGCGGCCUGGUCGUGUCUCCGAAGGACUACUCCACCAAGUACAGAUACUGAGCCCUCGCCCAGUCCUGGUGCAUGCGGUGCCGCGGAGUCGUUCUCACGUGGAGAUAUUUUCAACUAUUUAAAGCCUUUGAGAAAGCGUUUGGGGAAGUACACGUAGCUCACGGAGCUGGAGGGUUUUGCAGUGAGGGUGGCAUUGCCUCCACUUUCGGUCUGCCUGGUCCUUGUAUUUUUGUAUCAGCAAAUAUCUGUAAAUAUCUAGCUGAAAUAAAUAAAAUACGUGGUGAUG